GGGAGGUAGAAAGGACGCGGACAAAGGAGGCGGCCGGUAGCCCAGCUGUUUUGAAAAAUGCUUCCUGUUUCUUUAAAGGCUCUCGCCGCUCGGGCGGCCGGGCUGGGAGGCGGCGGCGGCGGGAGCUGCCUGCUCUCCGGCCGGCGGCGCUGACUGAUCUCGCGAACUGGGCUUCUGUGUAAACUGAGGCUAAACAAACACAGAUGGAGCGCAGCGGGCGUGCUCCAAAAAUGCUGGCACGGCGGCAGUGACUUCAGAUGACACUCUGAGCGCUCCGGGAACGGACUGCCCGGCGGCUUCACGGAGCCGGCGGCGCAGCUGCCCCGGGCGCGGGGGAGAGAGGAGAGAGGACGGGAGGGAGGGAGGGGGGAGAGCAAAGGAGAGCUCGAGCUUCGGAGGUGGCGAGCGCAGCGGCCGCCAGGCAGACCCCGGCGCCGCGUGCAAAGUGAGCGUGGCGGGCGCGCAUCCUGGGCAGCCGCACGCCCCUGCCUCGCGCGCUGCCCGCGCCAUGAAGCACAUACCGGUUCUCGAGGAUGGGCCGUGGAAGACCGUGUGCGUGAAGGAGCUGAACGGCCUCAAGAAGCUCAAGAGGAAAGGCAAGGAGCCGGCGCGGCGCGCGAACGGUUAUAAAACUUUCCGAUUGGACUUGGAAGCGCCCGAGCACGGCGCCACUGCCACUAACGGGCUGCGGGACAGGACCCAGCGGCUGCAGCCGGUCCCGGCCCCGGCGCCAGCCCCGGUGGCGCCGGCCGUUCCCUCAGGUGGGGGCGCGGACACAGCCGGGGAGCGCGGGGGCGCCCGGGCGCCAGAGGUCUUGGACGCGCGGAAACGCGGCUUCGCCCUGGGCGCAGUGGGGCCGGGACUCCCCACGCCGCCGCCGCCGCCGCUGCCUCCAGCGCCCCAGAGCCAUGUACCUGGUGGUCCCGAGGUACAGCCUUUUCGGGAGCCCAGCCUGCGACCCCGCAUCUUGCUGUGCGCACCGCCCGCCCGCCCCACGCCGUCCGCGCCCCCGGCGCCCCCCGAGACCUCAGUGCGCUCUGCGCCCCCCACGCGCCCGGGGGAAAGUUCCUACUCGUCAAUUUCACACGUAAUUUACAAUAACCACCCGGAUUCCUCCGCGUCGCCUAGGAAACGGCCAGGCGAAGCGACCGCCGCCUCCUCUGAGAUCAAAGCUCUGCAGCAGACCCGGAGGCUCCUGGCUAACGCCCGGGAGCGGACGCGGGUGCACACCAUCAGCGCAGCCUUCGAGGCGCUCCGGAAGCAGGUGCCGUGUUACUCAUACGGGCAGAAGCUGUCCAAACUGGCUAUCCUGAGGAUCGCCUGUAACUACAUCCUGUCCCUGGCGCGGCUGGCUGACCUGGACUACAGCGCCGACCGCAGCAACCUCAGCUUCUCCGAGUGUGUGCAGCGCUGCACGCGCACCCUGCAGGCCGAGGGACGUGCCAAGAAGCGCAAGGAGUGACCGGCCAUGGGCUAGACCAAGAACGCUGCUGUGGGCCCUCUUUCCAGUCGAGCCUGAGGAGAAGGUGAGCUCGCCAAGUCCAGCCUCGUCUUCUCCAAGAAGCUGCCAGAUGCUCAGACCACUGCCUCUCAGGGUCACACAGGAGCACACCUGCCUCCCUCACCCUUCCGCCCUACCCCAGCCACUCCACAGUGACUUCGCACUUUGCCCUCUGCCUGGUGGGGAGGGGAGAGCUCAGCCUUCCCCUUGCCUGGGGCCCGAGGCCCACCAUCCGGCUGCAGAAAUUCAUUGCCAAAGAGUCCACAGAGACACUGAACAAAACGUGGUGAGAAAACCCCACAGAGCAAAGCCACACCGUUGCCCUAUGACUUUUGCUCCUCCUGUUGCCUGACUUCUAUCUCAAGCCAAAGACGAGUCAGCAAUUCCACUAGGAAGUCACGGAAGGGAUGGACAUUUGGUGACUAUUGGAAGCACCUGGCCCUCCACCCUGGACCUAUGUUUCUACACUGGGCCCUGAGCUAGCUGGGCGCAAGAUAAGCCUCCUGAGGCUGUGAGAGGCAGCCUAGGGGUGCCAGUUGGCAGUGGGAGCCGAGAUCCCGGCCCCUUUUCUCCCUCCCACUGGCUGCUCAGGUCUCUGACCCUGAUUCUUAAUGUUCCCUUCUUGGGUCCUGAGCAUCACGGGAAGGGGGGUCAUUGGGGGAAAGAAGGAAUAUUGACCACCCCACACCCCACCCCAGGGACCUGUCCCAAGGCGACCUGCCUACGGGUCUUUUCUCCUGAGUCAGCCCAGGCAGCCCAGCCAGCCACUCCGUGCCUGUGGCCCGCCUGCCUGGCCGGGCAAGCAAGAUGGCACCCUGCUUGGAGGCCAGUGGUCUGUCACUGGUUAUGCAGGGGACAGCAGGGAGGAAGGGACCAGGGGGAUAGGUCAGUAUGUCGGGGAGUGGGGCAUGUUCAAAGCCAAGGCCUGCUCCUUUCUUCACUCAGGAGGCCAAAGCUGUUCACACCUGUGCUCAACCAUCUGCUUCAAAUUGAAGUAAAAGCCCCAACAUGUAAAGAAAACA